AUGUUUGUUUGCAAUAGUAAACCGAUUGAUCAACGUGUAUUUCGUCGUGAGUAUAUAGCGGAAUUGUCAAAAGGAGUACUAAUGGCAAUGUGCGAGCAGGAAUGGGUCACUCAACGAAUAUACAGACGAUGUGAAGAUGGUGCAUUGGAUUGCUUCUCCUCUCAUCAGCUGCGUAAAAACUGCUUGGGUCAACAAUUAUUACGCAUGGCUUUGAGAAGACGUAGUGAACGUGAAAUAGUACGCGAAUUAACUAUUUGUAAUGGAAAUAGUAAAAAAUCACUUAUCGAUAAGCUGCUCAAUGUUUUGAAUAUAUGGAAUACACGGGCCACUUAUUUCGAUUUUAAGUUAAUGAUUCGAGAGAUCUCACCGGAAGGUUGUACGAGUAAACAUGCUCAGCAGGGUGCGAUUGCUGCCGAUGCACUGCUUGGUGAAAUUGGUAAAUGUUGUCGCGAUUUAUUUACACAAUCACAUAAAUCUGAUAAAAAAUUACCACCGGCUGCUGUCGGUAAAGCUUUCAGGUUAAAAGAUAUCACUGCUUACUGGCUGAUUAGUCCAUUGGUGCAUGCUUGUCCAAGACCGGGUAAUUUGCCAGCCUCAUUCCCUGCGAUUACUGUGCAAGGAAAAUUCCUCAAAGAAGCAGCAGCAAUGCUUGAUACUUCGUCGGAUAAUAACAAGGAAAGAAUUCAGCAAAGUACGUGGUUACUGAGCCAAGAGCCAUUCUUGAAUUUAGUACUGACGUGUUUGAACGGUGAGGAACAGCAACGUGAUGGUUUGGUUGGUUCAAUGCUGAAACAGCUACAGGAGUUGGCACUAAAAGCUAAAGAUAAUCCUCUCUUACCUUAUUUGCGCAUAUUUUCGUUAGAACGCGAAGGAGUUCUAUUGCGCAUAUCCUUGGUUGGAGGUAUGUUUGACUCAGUAUGUCAUACUUCUAUUUGUGAUACCUGGGCAUUGACGUUGUUUCAAUUAAUGCUUUAUGGAGUUAUCUCAAAGGAGCGAGACGGAUAUUUGUUCGAUUCAUGUUAUGAUAUGUUAUCUACUCUGCUGGUGUGGUCGAUUACUGAUCCGAUGAAUGCAGCAGCGAUGAAUACACAGGAUCCAGAUACUAAAUUCCGAUUUCCUACUUACUCCUUAAUCGUUAAAAAACUGCGAAAAGAACUGAACGAACGUGCUUUAAUUCCUGAACUUCGUUCACUGAUACAAUUUCUGCCUAUUCCAAAGCCCCAAUUCGAACUGAUAACUUGUGAACCAUAUGGCACUUUACCAACUUCACCUCAAAAACUUGGCAAGAGUCAAUCUCAAGGGCAAAUAAUUCAAACUACAGUAAAAGCCAAUCGCCACGGGUUGCAGUUUGCUGAAAAGGUGAAGUUAUCGGCUUACGAUAUAAUACAAUAUCUGAAUAUUGAUUCAACUUUACUGAAACGUCCUUGGAACUGGUCAAUGUUACAGGCGGUAAAACUAGAUCGCUUGCCAGUCCCUGUACAGCGAUACAUUCAGCGUUUAGUUCAUCAUUCACAUUACAAUGAAUUUGUCCGCCCAACGAUUUGUGGAAUGGAUCGACCGCCUAAUCUGGAUAUCUAUCUUUCACCACCGAUGAUGGAUGUAUCAGAGACACCAGCAACUCUGCAUCAUGUUUCUUCCAGUGCAGCUACCUCAACAACUACAUCUGCUAGUUCUACGAAUGUACCGGUGUCCUCAGGUGGUGCAGCCAUGGAUGUAGGUACAACGUUGGGUCCUGUAGUGCAAGGCCGUGCAAUGAGUUACCAGUCAAGUUCAACUCCUACUUGCACAUCUAUUCCCGAUGGAUCUACUCCAUCUAGUACUCCUGGUGCACCAAGUACCGCUGCUACGGCGAUGAUCUUUCCAGGGCAAUCUGGUCCGAUGCCAACACUACCAGAUCUAACAGGACGAGGUCAAAACAAUGCGUCGCCAAGAGGUGCAAGAGGAGGGCGUCGCAAAGCAGCAGGUCUUUCUACACGUUCUCAAGGUACUACUCGUAAACAACGGCAGCAGCGGCAGCAAACUGUUGAUCAGCUAGCUGUAGCAGCUGCAGCUGCGGCUGCCGCUGCGCAACAACAACAGCAACAAAUGAGUAGUGCCGUUGGCUGUGGUGGAGGUCCACCUCAGCAGCCUACAUACCCGAGCACCUGGGCUACUGGCCCACAGCAAACAGGUGUACCGCAGCAGUUCGCAUCUGGGCCUUCAGUGCCUCCAUCUGGUACGGGGCAAGCAGGCACCGCAAUGGGUACUCAAACAACAGAAGAUUCAAAAAUGAAGAUUCACUCAAUGAUCUUGCAAAAGCGACAAGCGCAAGCUGCUAGUGGUGCUACUGCAACACAACAAGGUGUAACAGGUGGACCUCAGCCAUCUAUGCAGGAUGUUAAUGCCUACCAAAUCUCCGCAGGACCGCCACAAUAUGGUGGUAAUAUGAUAAUGAAAGUUGAAACGGGUGCUAACUCUAUGCAAAUGGUUGAUCAUACGCAGCAGCAGCAACAACAACAACAACAGCAGCAAUAUGCCCAACAGCAACAACUAAUCCAAAUGCAGCAGGAUGUCCAAGGAGGCUCCCAAUAUGUUGUUCAUCAACAACAACGGGGUGGCAUAGCUUACGGACAGUCGGUACAGCAGGCGACUUAUGACUCUCGAUUCAGUCAACAGCAGUUGCAAUAUGGACAACAGCCUCAACAGCAACAACAGCAAUAUCAUCCUACACAACAGUACUAA